CUCUUACUCUAGGAUCGUCCGGUAAUAUUGCGGCGCCUCUAUUCGAUGGGAGAAAGGGACGAUUAAGAAUACGAUGCCGACUUCAGUCGCCUUUGUUUUACAGAAUACAUGCUGGAACCCUAAUUUCAUUUCUUCCUCUUCGCGUAGACAGCCAGACACGAAGGAGAAGCAGCUUCCUCCUCCGCAACCGCCAUUCCCCAUCGCCCCACGUCGUCGCCGUUCGCCAUCGCUCGACGCCACUCCCCCGUCGCCUGUCGCCAUAGUCGUCGUCUUCGGCGGCUCGUUCCCCGCUCCUGCCGGCGAGCACAAUGGCCGGCCGGUGAGGUCUCCCUUCUCCCUUCUCCGGUCACGGCUACCUCUCCCCUGCAUCGACCCCUGCUGUCCAUCGACACUCUGCUUCCAGAUGACUGUUUAUUAGGUACCGGUUCUCAAACGGUUUUUAAACGGUUUAAUGCCGGCUGGACCACUAAAGAUCGAGCCGUUCACGUUAUCGGGUCAUACUCUGGUUCGGUUCUGACAACAUUGCUUCUAACCCCUCUCCCUCCAAAAACCUUCCGAAACAAAUGGCGAACGUCGGCGAGAGCUCUUCACCACCUCCGAUGUCCAACGACGGAGUGAAGCCCGUCGUCGUUAGGGUUAAGCGGAAGUUGCACCAGUCUAUACUCGACGCCUUCUGGCUGGAAAUCAACGAGCGGCCGUCUAAGCGCGCGACUUUGGAUUUGGCGAAGCUCUCGCUUGGCGAUUCCGCUAAUGGAAACGGAGAAGAAUCUAAGACUAGGAAGGUCCUUGUGCAGCACGUUGAAACGAUCAGCACCUCGGAAUCCACUGUUCGUGUUGUGAAAUCGUUUGUGCCUAACUCUGUUGAUGUGGUCGAAGCUAAAACGACAACAGAGGACCGGAAACGGACCUUUAAAAGUGUAAAUAAACAAGAACAAAUUCUUUUGAAAUCCAGACAAAGUCAAGAGCAAAUCGCCAAAAGUGCUCGCUUCCAACAAAUAUGGAGCAGCCGGAAGGAAACAGAGGAAGAAGUGCAUGAUAUGUGUCAUUUCUAUGAUGUCAUUCGAAUUGAUGCUGAAUCCAGUCAGGAGAAGCAGAAAGAGGCUCUGUCUGUGGAGGAUCAGAAGCUUCUUUCUAGCUACUUGCCUUUCUUAAAAGAGUUGAUUCCAGAUGCUGCUGGGGAGAUUGAAGCUGAAAUCAGUGCUUCCACUUCCCAGGAAGACGAGUAUGUGUACGACUACUACACGGUGAAUGAUACCAUGGACAUAGAACACGAAGACACGCCUUUUCCAUUUCCUCUGGUGCAAGUUGAGGAUGAGGAUUUCUAUGAUGGACCAGAUGACGGAUCUGAAUGCGACAGUGAAGAUUCAAACGGUAUUGUUGACUCUUACUCUUUUACUCCGUUAGCUAGAUCUGAAAAUCAUCCAUUUAAUGAAUAUCCCGAUGAAAGUUCAGAAGCAGAAGACGAGUCGCAGAGUGAAGAUAAAAGUAAUGACAACGAUGAAGACGAUGGAGAAGAAAACGAAGAAGGUGGAAUGGAAGAUGAAGAGGAAGCUGAUGAUGACGAGAAUCGCAGUUUGCUGAAUGGCGAAGCCACGAAUUCCGAGGACCAGUAUGAAGCCUUCGUUGAUAACUACCUUGAUGAAGCUUAUAGCUUUGCCAACGACGAGCCUGAAAGCGAUGACAGCUACAGUGAAAGCGACUAA